AUGUCGAAGGCCACUGAGGAUUUGAUAGAGAGGAGGAGAGCACUGAAUCUGGAUCUGACUGCAUUACAUCUCGAGCGACUGUUAACCAAUGCCAGUUGCAGAAUAGCUUUGCAAGAAGAAAAGUACAGGCAAUCGAAACUUUUGGAAGCAGUACAAGGAAGGAGAAAUCCGAAAUACCGCAGGGUCUCACUCGACUACCGUGUCGCUGACAACAUUACUAAACGAAGAUUCUCACAUCUUCCUGGCAAAAGAUGGAAUCGAUUACGAAGAGAUUGUACACCGGUUUCUUCGCUCAUCAACACCCGUGUUAACCGCUGUUAUUUCCACGGUGAAAUACCAUCACAUCUGCAAAUACUCGCCGCAAUCCAGACUAUGAAGGAAGCCACGGCUUCAAAACUCGAAAACAACGACGGUCUCUUAAGAGCUGGGGGACUCGCUAACACUCGCUUACCCAAGGUGCUUGCGGCACACCUAACUCUUACCUUCAAAAGGUAA